AUGUCCAACCGAGCGCUGUGCAGGGAUGCGAGCCACGCCGGGAGCUGGUACACCGCCUCAGGGCCCCAGCUGAGUGCCCAGUUGGAUGGUUGGCUGUCCCAAGCACAAACGUCAAAAAGACCUGCAAGAGCCAUUAUUGCACCUCAUGCUGGAUAUACCUACUGUGGAUCCUGUGCUGCUCAUGCCUACAAGCAAGUAGACCCUUCUAUUACGCGAAGAGUUUUCAUUCUCGGUCCUUCUCACCAUGUGGCUCUUUCUAGAUGUGCACUUUCCACUGUGGAUAUAUAUAGAACACCCCUCUAUGACCUCCAUAUUGAUCAGAAAGUUUACGGAGAGUUGUGGAAGACUGGAAUGUUUGAGCGAAUGUCAAUGCAAACAGAUGAAGAUGAGCACAGCAUCGAAAUGCAUCUACCUUACACUGCUAAAGCAAUGGAAAGCCAUAAGGAUGAGUUUACCAUUGUUCCUGUGUUGGUCGGAGCUCUUAGUGAAUCAAAGGAACAGGAAUUUGGAAAACUUUUUAGCAAAUACUUAGCAGAUCCUUCUAACCUUUUUGUAAUUUCUUCAGAUUUUUGCCACUGGGGUCAGCGAUUUCGUUAUACAUAUUAUGAUGAAUCUCAAGGAGAAAUAUAUAGAUCAAUUGAAAACUUAGACAGAAUGGGUAUGAGUAUUAUAGAACAACUAGAUCCUGUGCCAUUUAGUAAUUACUUGAAGAAGUAUCAUAAUACUAUAUGUGGAAGACACCCUAUUGGGGUGUUAUUAAACGCUGCAACAGAGCUCCGAAGGAAUGGAGUUAACAUGAGCUUCUCGUUUUUGAACUAUGCUCAGUCUAGCCAGUGCCGAAGCUGGCAGGACAGUUCAGUGAGUUAUGCUGCUGGAGCACUUGUGGUGCAUUGA